AUGCGCGCUAAACGAUGGAUUGUUCUAUGGUCCUUAUGGGCAAUGAGGCUGGUGAGGCAGCCAACGGUCACCGUACAAGUCAGGAGCGGGCUCCUGAGAGGCAGUAUAGCGCCUGACGGUACCCAUGCCAGUUACUUGGGGGUCCCCUAUGCGACGGUCGAUAGGAGAUUCCAGGCAUCUAAACCGGUGAAGGAGUGGAAUGGCGUCCGAGAUGCUUACGAUGAACAUAUAAGAUGUAUACAAAGAUUUACCCCGACCACCAUUUUGGGGAGAGAAGAAGACUGCCUAACCCUGAAUAUCUACACUCCCGUACACCCGUCACCACAGCAGCAGCUACGCCCGGUCAUGGUUUACAUCCACGGAGGCGGUUUCAGGGACGGAUCUGGGUCGCCGUUCCUAUACGGCCCCGAAUAUCUGGUUAAGCACGGGGUCAUCCUUGUGACGCUAAACUAUAGAUUGGAAAUAAUCGGGUUCCUCUGUUUGGGAAUCAAGGAAGCUCCAGGUAACGCAGGCUUGAAGGACCAAGUGCAGGCUUUAAAGUGGGUUAGAGACAACAUCAGAGCUUUCGGCGGGGAUCCAGACUCAAUAACGUUGUUCGGCGAGAGCGCCGGAUCGGCGUCCGUUUUCUAUCACUUGCUGUCGCCGAUGUCGAAGGGCCUGUUCCAUAGGGCGAUAAUGCAGAGCGGCUCCGCCAUGUCUCCGUGGAGUUUCCAGUUCGAACCCCUGGAAACGGCCAGUGCGUUGGCGCGACAACUAGGAUUCGAGACUCACGAACCGUACGAGUUGUACCGCAUUUUCACGAACACUUCUGCCCAGAAGUUGCUCAGUACUCGUGUCCCUCGGACCCUCGGUGACCUGGUGCUGUCAGAGAAUAUAUUCGUGCCGUGCGUGGAGAAAGAAAUAGCAGGUGAGGAUCAAUUUCUCACAGACUUUCCGUACUAUUUAUUUUCUCAAGGAAGUUAUAGUAAGGUACCUAUGAUCGUCGGAUACAAUAAUGCGGAGGGAUAUAUGUUCGCUGGCAAAGAGAACGAGACGACGCUUUCAAAUAUGAACUUCCACAAUUCACUGCCAAGGGAUUUGAGUUUCCCUUCCACAGAAGAAAGAAGAAGAGUUGCAAAGAAGUUUGAAGAGAUCUACAUGGGCGACGAGAAGAUUUCUAAGAAAACUAUUUUGAAAUUCGCAAAGUACGAAGGUGAUUCGGGGAUUACCUACCCAGUGACCGCGACAAUAGAUAUGCUAUUGAGGAAUUCUACCUACCCCAUAUAUACAUACAGAUUCAGUUACGACGGUUGGAUGAAUAUCGUAAAACAGUUGUACGGAUUUCGGGGGGCACCGGGCGCAACUCACGCCGACGAACUGUUCUAUAUAUUCAAGCUUAAACUGAAUUUGGUACAGUCUCUCCUGGAAUUGGAUAUGGUCGAGAGGAUGAGUACCAUGUGGACCAAUUUUGCGAAAUUCGGAGACCCGACGCCGGCUGCAGAGAGAUUACUGUCAACAAAAUGGCCGCCGACCCGCAGGAAAGACCCGCGCAUUCUCGUCAUAGAUAAAAAACACAAAACGGCGCCACUGUGGGACGGCGAAACUUUAUUGUUUUGGAACGAAACGUACUCCAAAUACAGGCGGAAAAGU